AUGGAAAAGAAACAAAACCAAGAAAUCGGACCUCGGCUACUUCCACUUUCGUUCUGUUUUCUGAUGCUAGCACUGUCAGGUAUUUUAUUUGGUAUCUACACCUUCAGACAAAUCUCCUGGCUAAAAACACAAAUCCACCUACAACAAAAGGUCAUCGGUACGCUGCAAAGCGGAAACGGCGCCCAGAGAGUACAGGAGGUGAGCAACUACUUAUUUGACGUUCGAACUCAUUUAUCUGAAGCGUAUUUUAUUUUUAACGGCGAUAUCUUGUUCUAGAGAAUGUUUUUUUACUUCUGACUAAUAAAUUUUUGCAGGCUUCAUCAAAUCCGGGGUCAGAGACAGCUCGAGUUCGGAGAAACGCUCCAGAAGUUUGUUCAUGUCAUGGUUAG